AUGGGAUGGGCCUGGGAGACGAGAGAAGGCCGUGGCCGGGGGUGUGUGGGUGACAAUAAGCCAGACGCCAGUGCGGUUUCGGGUGGUACGGGGCUGCAGGUACACAGUAUGGGAGCGGAUCUGUGUGCAUCGUUCGAAUGCCAGAGUAGGGGACAGACUCAAGGGACCAUCAGCGACAAGGGCGCCCCGACCACUCCACUACAUGCUGGAAGGCAUCAGCAAGGCAUCAGAUCACGGACCCCAGCCAUCGUCGUCCGUGGUCUGUGGGUGGUGGUUUUGCGAUGGAGUCCUGAGUACCUUACCAUGUACGCUCCUGAUGGAUCUUCGCCCAAAAUGCUCCAGCUCUGUGUAAGGCCUGACGCCCGGCGACGUAUUAAUCUACGGUGCGCGUCGACGGCUUCUGGUGGUGUCGUGGGGGGCCUCGGCAACCGCCAUCAACAGCGUAGCAGCAGAAGCAGAACCAUCGCCCCAGUGGACGGGCGCCGUCGGUACCUUGUCGAGCUUGCUUUUAGAGCACGCCAGUCAAUCCAGGCACUCACAUGCGCUACCGAGCGCGGCUUCGCCGGCGCCAUCUUCCAACCCCUCCCUCUUGCGCAGCUUGCAGCUUGCCACCCGCUGGAGCUGAAGCCUGCACGGCCGUGA